AUGAGUGGCCUCCAGGGAUCUUUAGGAGUGGAAGAGCAGCGACCUUACGACUAUGGAAUGCUGUUUGUCAAGUUUGGUGAUGGGGACAGCACGUGCAAACUGGUGCCUAUAGAAAGCCGUGACUCUAGCACACCAGAUGCUGAGGAAGUACCCAAGAAGACACUUGACCGGGAGAAGGAAAUACCGGACGACACCUAUGCGACGAUCAUUGCGACACUGAGGGAAGAGAGGCAGGAACAGGUGAAUGCGGCGGCCUCUGACAGCAUGGUGAAUGAUACAGACCGCGAUGACGAGGAGCCGGCACCCCACCUGCCACCUCGUCUUUAUCUCGAUUAUGGUGAUAUUCCCGAGCCGGCUAUCUCUACAGAAGAUACUACAUGGGCCAGUAGUGAGCCCCAGUAUGGUGUGCCUCACGACCUGAUCGACUCGAGCAGUGGUGAUUAUGCAUCAGUUUCCGAUUCACGAAACUCCGGUCAAAAAGACGAGGACAGGAGUCCUAGUUACGAGAGUGUUCAAACGCGCGGUAGCCGCCUUCUGGCAAGCAUGAAACAGCUAUCGACGUGUGGCUACUACUGGGGUCCAAUCUCUGAACAUGCCGCAAAGGAGAAGUUGAUCGAUCAACCGGAUGGAACAUUUCUACUCUACGACUCCUCGCAUGUUCAUCACUUGUAUGCAGUGUCGGUUGUACUUAAUGGCACCGCUGAACACUUCCUGAUUGACUCCUACGACACACAGUCUGGCUACAAGUUCAGCCAUCCGUCGGACCACGACGAGUUAGCCCGCACCGCCCAGCCAGUAGCAGAGACGCUGAGUUGGCGGCGGCUACGGCCGUCCGUCAUCGAACUCAUCGACUGGGCAAUGGUGAUGACAAGCAAGACCAAGCAUCGUCGGGGCAUGCACCCAUACCUUGUCAAGCCGCUCAUGCAGCCCUACGAAGUGCCCAUGCUGCAGCACCUAAUACGCUCGUACAUGUGCGAUGUUCUGCACCUUAGCCGCCAGCAGGUACGAGAGUUGCCGAUACCUAGAAUAACCCAAGACUAUGUGUUAGAAUAUGGUUACUUCACCUCAUGA